GAUGUCACACUCCAGAAAGGACAACAAGUGGCCCCAUUCACUUCCUGUCCAGUGGAGAAGGAAGAAAGACGUUUUGAAGAGAUCCGUAUGUUCUUGGUCUCUGUGUCUUCUUGUCCUGAUGGGGACUUCGACUGCACAUCAGGAGAAUGUCUUCCUCCGGAACUUGUCUGUGAUUUUAAGGAGGAUUGUAAAGACGGCUCUGAUGAGGAAUUUUGUGGUUCGUGUGACUUUGAGCGUCACACCUGUGGCUGGAAUGACACCUCCCAACAUUGGAGAUGGCAGAUUGCAAACAUGACUUCAAUACCUGGACUGGACCACACCACAGGAACCCCUCUUGGACACGUCAUGCAUGCAUGUACAGAUUUUUUGAUGGUGAGUUUGGAGUUUGCUGUUGUCAACGGGGCAGCCCUAGGAUGCCAGAUCAGUUUCUGGUUCUACAUUGUUAAUGGCAAGCCUUCAUCAUCAUCAGGCUUAAAAGUAAAAAUGGUCCGAGGCGAAGCUGAGGUGGAGCUGCUGGAGCCUCCUAUAAGGCAAACAGUCAGCUGGGAGAAGGCCACAGCUUUCAUUGGUAAUCAGCCAGGGGGAUACAAGCUGCUCUUUUCCUUCAAAGCGUCCAUUAUUGGGCCCAAUGAAAUUAUGCUGGACGAUGUCAGAUUUGAAAACUGUGGCGAGGCCGAUGUCCCCACUGGAUCAGACCAGCUCUCAUGUGAUUUUGAAAAUGACAGCUGCUCAUGGUACCAUGACAAGACUGCAAGCAUUUCUUGGGAAAGGAAGAACAAGUUCUGGCUAGACCUUAAUAGGGAGGGCUACUACAUGCUCAUAAAAGCCAAAUACAAUCUAAACAUCUCCUCAGCAGCCAGACUCGUCAGCCUCCCUCAACCUGCAGGUCAAAUAUGUGUGAGCUUCUGGUACCACAUAUUUGGCAACAGCAUAGCCUAUUCCCCUUAA